AUGGAGUACGAGAGGGCGCUCUUCCGCGUGUACGACAAGUCGAUGGAAGGCUUCCACUCUCGCGGCGUGAGGAGCGCGUGCAACCUGCUGCAGAAGUUGGUCUUGGUCGCCUCAGCCGGGCUUUUCGCCGCACUCUUCCUCUUGCACCACCAGUUCGUCAACAAGCCAGGUUGCCUGGCUCCGUUGCUCGAAGAAGCGGCGUCGAGAGAAGGAGUGCUCAUCCUGCCCACCGUGCGAUCAGUCACCGCCAACACCACUCUGGGCGAGAUCGACACGGACCCGGAGGGAGUGAUCGUGGGCGGCCCAAACCAGGCGGGGGGGGGGGGCGCCGGCGGCGGCGACGACGAGAACGAGGAGGAGGAGGAGGAAGACGACCGCCACCCCAGCAAGAUACAGCUCCCGUCGGGGAACUGGGUGCCGUACGACGUCAUGGACGAGGCGGCGGCGGGGAGUGCGGAGGGGGGUGAGGGUGGUGGAGAGGCGAGCAGCAACGACACCGCUGUUGUGGACGGUGGGGGGGGCGAGAUCGGAGUGAACGUUUCUGCGGUCAACGACACCGGGUUUACUGCGGACUACACGUUUGCCUUCGAGCCGAUCGUCUUGCUCCUGCCAGACAAGAUCCAGGAAGGCCACGGCUUCAAAUGGGUGAACUUCACGAUGGAGCCGAGCGUGUGCCUGCGCGAGGCUGGGUUCGUGUCGCGACUUUUGGCGGCGACGGUGAUCGGGUACGACGAGAUUAUGGUCAACAUGUUCAUGUACUCCAUGAGGUCAAAGGGACUACUUUAA